AUGGAGUUCGCACAAGGGAAUGCACUGUAUGUAGACGGAGAGUACGAGGAGGCGGUGGCUUGCUACACGCGCGCACUGGAGGCGCAUCCAGACGACGCAGAUGCACUGUCCAAGCGUGCCGCAGCGUUUCUGAAGCUGCACAAGCCGCACGAGGCCGCAGCCGACGCAUCACGAGCGACGAAGUUGAACGCUACACUACCAAUGGCGUAUAUGCGUCACGGCAUAGCACUAUUUGAGCUGGAAAAGUACGUCGAAGCCAAGCGAGUUUUUCAGUCUGGCCAAGAGGCAGCAGCGAGUCCGGCGAAGAUCGCGCUGAUGAAGCAGAUUCAGACGUGGAUACGCAAGUGCAACGUUGAACUUGCUUGCGACGGAGAAGCAGAGCUCAUAGUGCCGGAUGAACAGACGGUUGCAGAGCCGUGCAGCCAAAUCGACGCGAUAAAAGAUGCUCUUUUGCCAGCGAAGCCAACGAUUCGAUAUGACUGGUACCAAUCAGGGACCCACGUGACGAUAGCGAUCCUCCAGAAGCAGCUCACGCACGACGAUGUCAGCGUUACUUUCGAGCCGAGAAAAGUCAUCGUCGAGAUGAGGCUGCAUGGGGAGUGGACGGAGGCACUGAAUGAGGCUCUUUUCGCCGAAGUUGUGCCCGAAAGGAGCGCAUACAAGGUCAUGGGCGCGAAAGUGGAGCUGAAGCUCGAGAAAAAGUGCAGCGGCGUGCACUGGAACAAGCUCGAGAAAGCUGUGCAUCAGUCAAGUGCGCAAAUCAUUGCCGGCCUUGCCGCUGUUUCCGAGACAAAGUGCCAGCACGUAGCGCGUCCGUACGCGAGCAGCCGUGACUGGAAUCAGAUCGAAAAAGCCAUUAGCGACGAGCUAGAGGCAGAGAAACCAGAUGGCGAGAAAGCGAUGCAGCAGCUGUUUUGCGAUAUCUACGCCAAGGCCGACGAGAACACGCGCAAGGCGAUGAACAAGUCUUUUCAAACAUCGGGCGGCACAGUGCUCUCGACCAACUGGAAAGAGGUGUCCAGCAAGGAUUAUGAACAGGAGCGACCCGCGGCUUGA